GAGGGCUCCCUCGUUGCAAUAAGUUCGAUCUCGGCUUGAACUUUUCGGAAUUUUCGCUGGUCGAAAUGGACGACAUAGCAUGGUAGUGUGUGUAAUUUGUCAUUUGAAGAUGGAUUUGUACUUCUUAAUUUUCUUUAUUUGCAUGGUUUCAGGUGCCGCACAUAUUAUUACUCCCCGAACAAUAAUCUCAACUGGCUCCCCUACAGCUCUCGGGUUACAAGCUCGACAGACGACAGCAUUUGCCACUUCCACUUGUGGCUUUCUGAAUGGUAAUGCAAAUCAGCCAAUAAUUGCAAAUAGUGGCUCAGAGUGUACCUUUGAUCCAACUGCUACGCUAUGGGGCAUAUGCAGAACCGGAUUAGCACUCACAGAUUGUGGGUUUGGUGGUUAUUGCGUCGACGCUGGACUUUGUUCCACAGGAUGCGGGCCAACGGGGAUCGAUGCAAACACAUUGAGUUGGUACGUUCAGGAGCGCUAGAUAUGUUGUAAUGUAGUCUCUAACGGAAUCCUUAGUGCAAAACAAAAAGGCGCUAGCUUGUGUGUCUCAAGUCUCCUCCUUGUCGGCGCAGAUCAAACAUAUACACACAUGACUUGUGCGUCCCAAACGAAUGCGAGCCCGCCUGUUUUUCUGUUUACAGCAACUACGACCGCUCCAAUACCAGCGUCGACUUCUGAACAAACUUCGUCGGCUGCGAGAACAACAAGCGAAUCGAACGUGCAAUCGAAUUCGGAGUCUACCACCCCAUCCACACCAGGUUCGGCCACAAACACUGCUACUAAAGCAUCAGUAUCUGGGCCGGCUUCGAACUCGGUCUCGAACUCGGUCUCGAACUCGGUUUCAAACUCGGUUUCUUCUGGUACCAUCGGAUCUCAAUCAUCAGAUACUACACCCUCAAGCGAACCAUCCCUAAGAGAAUCCAUUUUCACUGUGUCCGGUUCGCUCGUCACCUCCUUCUUUGGUCAAACAAAUACCGUGGGAGUUACAGUAUCAAUUACCACCACUGCCAGUGGAAUCUCGUCGCCCAGCCCCUCCGAUUCUACCGCUCCCGCACCUAAGAACCCCCCCAAAUAUAAUCCUAAAACAUUAAUCGCCAUCGUGCUCGGAGUUAUCGUCUUCCUUCUCCUCCUAAUCUUCACUCUCAUCUGGAUCGGAAAAUACCGACGAGCGCAAAAGAGCAAAUCGACUACCCCAGCAGCUGAAACUCCUACGAACUUCUUUUUCAGUAAUCUCCCAGAAGUCAUGGAGCCAUUUGCAAAAACCGAUGGCGUCCAUGAGAUGUAUGAUGAUCACGGAGAGUUGAGGGAACUAGAUAUUGCAGGGGCGGUUGCUGGGAGGACAGGAAGAGUGAGUCUUAGGGAAUUGGCUGCUACGCCUGUGGUGGGUGGAAGACGAAGUGGCAGAAGAAGCGCGAGAGAGAUGGAGGGAGACAUGGUUUGGGGGAGAGGGAGAAUAAGUGUUAAAGAAUUGGAUGGAGGUGUAUUUGUAAGGAAUGGUCGGAGGGGUGACAGCAUGACGCAGGUGUUUGAACUUGAUGGACAAUCGUACAUAUGAUGAGAUAUGAUUAACGCCAUAGCACUUAAUUAAUGAGAAAACGACCAAUGAAACAAUCCAGAGAGUGAUAGUCUUUAGUAAUCUUCGGCACUAGCCAGAAAAUAACA